AUGAUCCCAAGUCUUUCUUUCGCUCUCAUAUGCGGGCUUUCCACAAUUGCUAGUGGAUCUCCCUCCUUAUAUUCCGCGACAUGGUCACCUACGGCAUAUGGACCCGAUGGUCCUUGGCAGGCUAUCGAAGCCGAACUGGGCAGUAAUAGUCAAUCCGUCGCUCUGUAUCCUGGUGAUAAAUGGGCCAGUCUCAUUAUACUCGACUCCGUCUGCUCAACACCAAAUGUCACCGGUGACUGCCUCGCCAAUAACGCUGGAACGUUCAACCUCGGCACAUCGGAUACCUCAUACAUUCCCUCUGUGAACUCGAAUGAUACAAGUAACAUGACAUGGGUGGAGGGGUCAAGCGAUGCAUACUUGAAUAAAUUCGGUGGCAAUUCAUAUGCUCUCGCUGCGCAGGUCGGAGACUCGAUCAAGGUUGCUGGGUUGACUGUCCCGAAUAUUAGCAUGACCGCGGUCUAUGAGGCAUACCAGACAUAUUCCAAUGGGAUCCGAUACCCAAUCGAGGUGGGGACGUUAUCUCUAGGUGGCACGAAGCUGGACCAUGUCGUCGAUGGGGUCGACUAUAAUUUGUUCGAGGCCUAUAACUGGGAGCAAGGAUUUAUUCCUUCGUAUUCAUGGGGAAUGCACAUUGGUUCAGUGACGCCACCUAUCGCCGGCUCCCUCGUGUUCGGCGGAUAUGAUGCGGAUCGAAUUAUUGGAAAUGUGAGUAGCCAAGCUGUUGAUCCUACAGACAGCCUCGGUAUCAUGGAAACUACUCUGUAUGACAUUGGGCUCGGAGUCGCGGAGGGAGCGUCUCCAUGGUCCACCUUCCAGAGCAUGGACGGUCUAUUCAGACAGGACGGCAGCUCAGGGAGUCGCCCAAGCACUGUCCAAUUCGAUCCGUUACGGCCCUACCUUUACCUUCCCGGGGAUGCCUGCAGUGCUAUCGCCGAGCAACUUCCAGUUUACUUCGACGAGGGGUUAAAUCUUUACUUCUGGAAUACCAGUAAUUACCUAUUCUCCAACAUCACUGAAUCCCCAACCUAUCUCUCAUUUACAUUCGAGAACAACGGGGGUACUGACUCAGCGUCACCAAACAUCACCAUCAAGGUUCCCUUCAAUCUCCUCAAACUCACCCUCGAACCCCCUCUCGUUGAACAAAACACAACAUAUUUCCCAUGUUUCCCAUCAGACGACUAUUACCUCGGCAGAGCUUUUCUACAGGCCACAUUCGUUGGCACAAACUGGCAAAAUGGAACGGGCAGUGGAUACUGGUUCUUCGCUCAAGCUCCAGGCCCUGUCAUGAGUGGAAGUAGCUUGCAGGAAAUCUACGUCAGUGACACUAAUAUCACGGGUAGCUCAUCAUCUGGAUCCUGGGAAGAGACUUGGUCCGGCUGGUGGACCCCUCUCGACAAAACUUACGGCAACAAUACUGGCGGUAACGGAGAUGGUGGCAACGGAGGUAACCAUGGCCAUGGUGGUGGAUUGUCAAACGGCGCAAAGAUCGGGAUUGGUAUCGGCUGUGGUGCAGGAGGUGCUUUAACUGUCUGCAUUGCCUGGCUCCUUGCUUCUUGGUACUUGAAAAACCGCAGGCAAGUCCCUACUGCUGAAGCUGGUGCUGGGGCUCCAGACCAGGAUAGUGCACGGGAGCUGGCCUCUAACGAUGCGACGGAAUUGUCUGGACCACCUUUGUCAGAAGCAGCUGAGCCGCCUCUAUACAGUUCAUCGGAACAAGCCGGUGUCUCUAGUGUUUCGGAGCAGUAUGCGGAGACAGGUGAGGUCCAUGAGGUUGAUGGAGAUAAACCACCUCCUUGGUCUCCGCCUGCUGGUGAAAUAACGAUAAUGAGAAAUUUACACACGGAACUUCAGUCUGGUGAAGUGGCCGCGGAAUUGCCAUAG